CGACUCUUCAAUGCGAUGAGGAGCACCCAGCGAGCUGGAUAGAAACAGCAUGAGUUCUUUGCGAGACCUCGACGAUAUCGAGCUCAUCUCGACCCCUAUCACGCUGCCAAAUGGAGUGACGAUUCCCAAUCGCCUGGUGAAGGCCGCCAUGGAGGAAGGGAUUGCCCACUGGGGAGGUCUACCGGGCGAGAAGCACCGAAAGCUGUAUGAGAGGUGGGGAGAUGGCGGAUGGGGUGUGGUCAUAACAGGUAACGUUCAAGUCGAUCCAGGGCAUCUCGCCACGCCACAUGAUCGCUCGUACCCGUCUUCAACACCCGAUACUAUCGCAGCAUACAAGCAACUACAGCAGUCUGCGAUUGGGUCGCCUGAAUCUUCGACCUCACAUCGUACUAGAGCUCCUCCUCUGACCAUUUGUCAACUUUCACAUCCAGGCUUACAGUCUUCCUCGACAGCGUGUUUCUCCCGAUGGCCGUGGUCUCCCGCGGUAGCGCCAAUAGGGACUCGUCCAGACAUGUCAGGCAUAAUGGGCUGGCUGAUCUCUCGCGUUCUGUGGCCAAGACAGAGCCGUAUAUUGGACGUGCAAGGCUGGCUGAGGAUCGUAGACCUCUUUGUCGACAGCGCGAAAGGGAUGGAGAUGGCGGGUUGGGAUGGUGUACAGAUCCAUUCGGCGCACGGGUAUUUGCUUGCAGAGUGGAUCUCGCCAUUGACUAACCCUGAAGCAUUUCCCCUACCGGGCGUGCCAGCAUCGGUCGACCCAAGGCUACAUCCGUUAUAUCUCAUCGUGAUGGGUAUUAGACGAUCAACACCUCCUUCCUUCGUGCUAUCUAUCAAGCUCAACUGUUCUGACUUCACACAUGGCGGACUGACAGAAGACUACGCCACCACACUCAUCACGGAGAUUGUAUCAUGGAAGAAGGUGGACAUCCUCGAGAUAUCUGGUGGAACGUAUUCCAGCCCAGCAUUCGCCACGCCGGAAACGGUUUCUACACCUGACUCUCGUCAAUCUUUGUUCGCCCACUUUACGACCUCCCUGCUUCCUCAUCUUCCUCGUCCUCCGGGGGGGCCAGCCAUCAUCCUGACGGGGGGAAUGCAUGAUCGACCCAUCAUCGCAAGCGCGAUUCGGGACGAAGCAUGCGAUCUCGUUGGAAUAGGAAGACCGGCUUGUAUUCGACCUGAUAUCCCAAACCGGAUCAUCCUCAAUCCUGAUCUGUCUGCUGAGCAGACUCGGUUAGGGGGCUAUAACAUUCCCGGCUCAAAUGUGGUCAAGAGGAUCUUUGGGGGUGGAAGCAAAUCUGGCGAAGGAAUACCGCUGGUUGGCGCUGGAGUGUCUACUCUGUGGCACGAGUGGCAGCUGUGCAGGAUGGGGAGAGGCGUUGAACCGGAUCUGGGGAUGGACUGGAUAUGGGGCGGAGUCAUAUUAGAGCUGCUGUGGUUUGGUCUGCUACGUGGAGGGCCACUGGUCUGGUUCUCUUCUCUGUGGCGAUCGAAAAUAGCUCUGUAGUUCGGUGCGCUCGGAAUGCAUCGCUAUCUUGAUGUA